CCGUGGGUUCGGAUCCGGACCCCGCCUGCGCCGCCCGCCAUGCACGGCCUCGGGCUCCUGCUGCUUGCUGCGCUGUGGCUACGGGAGGUCGCCCCCAGGGCCACCCUGCCCCACGUGGAGCAGUACGAGGUGGUGAGGCCCCGGCGCCUGCCAGCACCCCGCACCCGCCGAGCCCUGCCCUCCCACUUGGGCCUGUACCCGGAGAGUGUGAGCUACGUCCUGGGGGCCCGAGGGCACACCUUCACCCUGCACCUUCGGAAGAACAGGGACCUGGUGGGCUCGGGCUACGUGGAGACCUACACGGCCGCCGAUGGCUCCCAGGUGACAGAGCAGCUGCGGAGCCAGGACCACUGCUUCUACCAGGGCAACGUGGAGGGGCACCAGGGCUCCGCUGCCAGCCUCAGCACCUGCGCCGGCCUCAGGGGCUUCUUCCAGGCCGGCUCCACCGUCCACCUGAUCGAGCCCCUGGAUGGGGGCGGGGAAGAGGGGCAACACGCGCUGUACCAGGCGCAGCACCUGCAGCAGAAGGCCGGCACCUGCGGGGUCAACGACAGCACCCUGGAGACCAUCCUGGGGCCGCGGGUCUCAGCGGCCCUCAGGCCCCGGAACUGGCCAGUGCCCCGAGAGACCCGCUACGUGGAGCUGUUCGUGGUCACGGACAGCACAGAGUUCCAGCGGUGGGGGAGCAGAGAGGCUGUGCGCCAGCGGGUGCUGGAGGUGGUCAACCACGUGGACAAGCUUUAUCAGGAGCUCGGUUUCCGCGUGGUGCUCGUGGGCCUGGAGAUGUGGAACAGUGGGGACAAGAUUCACGUCAGCACCCAGGCUGACACCACGCUGAACAACUUCCUGUCCUGGCGGGUGCAGGACCUGGCAGGGCGGCACCUGCACGACAACGCGCAGUUCAUCACCGGGGUCAACUUCGCAGGGACCACCGUGGGACUGGCCAAGGUGUUCACCAUGUGCUCCCAGCACUCGGGAGCUGUGAACCAGGACCACAGCCCGAACCCCAUCGGCGUGGCGAGCACCAUGGCCCACGAGAUGGGCCACAACCUGGGCAUGGACCACGACGAGAACAUCCAGGACUGCUACUGCCCGGUGCCGCGGGACGGCGGCGGCUGCGUGAUGGCGGCCAGCCUCGGCUCCAACUUCCCCAGAAAGUUCAGCCACUGCAGCCGGGCUGACCUGGAGUCGCUCGUGGAGAAGCCCCAGACGGCCUGCCUGGUGGGCGCCCCGGACCCCAACCGCCUGGUGGGCGGCCCCGUGUGUGGGAACCGGUUCGUGGAGCGUGGGGAGCAGUGCGACUGCGGCGCCCCCCAGGACUGUCAGAACCCCUGCUGCAAUGCCAGCACCUGCCUGCUGGCCCAGGGGGCCGAGUGUGCCCACGGCACCUGCUGCCACGAGUGCAGGGUGAAGCCAGCCGGAGAGCUGUGCCGCCCUGCAAAGGACCAGUGUGACCUCGGGGAGUAUUGCGACGGCCGGCAGCCCGCGUGUCCCGAGGAUGCCUUCUGGGAGAACGGCACGCCCUGCCCGGGGGGCUACUGCUACAACGGGGCCUGCCCCACGGUGGCCCAGAGGUGCCGGGACUUGUGGGGGCCAGGCGCUCGGGUUGCCGUGGAGACGUGCUACAGCUACAGCAUCUCCGCAGGCUGCAGGAGCGGGAUCCCCCUGGACUUCGGCAGGGUCAACAGGUGUGGCACUCUGUUCUGUGCGGGGGGGCAGAAGCCCCCGGAGCGGGGUUCCUGCACCCUCACCUCCUCCUCAGGUGGUUGCCAGGCUCUUGUCCAGGACAGCAGCAGCGCGUACGAGCCAGUGCCAGAAGGCACCAAGUGUGGCAAGGAGCAGGUUUGCUGGAAAGGCUUCUGCCAGGACCUCCGUGUCUACAGAUCCAAAAACUGCUCUGCCCGGUGUAGCAACCAUGGGGUGUGCAAUCACAAGGACCAGUGCCACUGCCACCCGGGCUGGGCCCCGCCCUACUGCGCAGAGCUGCUGUCUAACGUGCGCACAGGCUGGCCUGGACGGGCGCUGAGCCGCCCGAGGGCCCUCCCAGCCCCUGCUGCCUCGAGGCACGUCCGGCCCUGGUGGCACCUGGCCCCUCCUGUCCCCACAGCGUCCGGGAGCCUCCUGGUGGGUGUGCUGGUGCCUCUGGCGCUCCUGGUGCCUCUGGCGCUGGCCCUAGCAGGCGUGGUCAUCCACCGCAAAGCCCGGAGCCCCGUCCGAAGGAGGAAUGUGGCGCCCAAGACGGCCAUGGGGCUCUCCAACCCUCUGUUCCACAAAGGGCACAGGACGCCGGUUCCCGCCAAGGGGCCCCCAGAGCCAGGCCUUUCCUCCCACCCCAGCCAGCCGCCCAAACCCACGGCUUCCGCAGUGACCCCCAAGUGGCCACCCCCUGCUCCUCCAGCCGCUACGUCCAGCUCACCGUCCCCAGUUCCUGUGUACACCUGGCAGGCCCCGGGCCAGCAGCUCAGACCUGCUCCGCCCACCAAGCCCCUCCCGGUGCUGAAGGCCAAGCAGGUCGUCAGGCCAACCUGCACUCCACCGAUGCCACCCGUCAAGCCCAGGGCCGGAGGGGCCCAGCCUGGACCCACUCAGGUGAGGCCCUCACACCCAGGGCAGUGCCCUCCUGGCCGGGCAGAGCGAGCUGUCUUUCCCCAGCUGGCUGCCUGGGGCCCAGCCCUGAGAGGGUAUAACAUCCGCCCUCUACUCCGUCAGAUGACUUUUCAGGGCUUGCUGCUGCUUCUAGCUGUUACGGUGUCUUUUUCUCCACUAGUGGAGUUGUUGGCCCAAAGGUUGCUCUGAAACCCCCAGUCCAGAGGAGGUGAUGGGGCCCGACCUCAAAGCACCCUGGGGGGCAUCUGUGCACCUGUCUGGACGUUGCCUGUGGUCAUGUGACCUCGCCACCAGCACCAACAGACCAGCUGCCUGGCCCCAGGCCCUCCGUCCCCCUCCCUGAGGGCUGGGUCCACUGUGAAAAGUCCUAGCGGAAGAGCCAACUCCUCAUGGCCAGCACCCCACGGUCACAGCCCAGGCCCUCUCCACCCAGGACUCCGCGGUCGGGCCCUUGGCUGCUGUCCUGACCUCAGGAACGGGGGCCAGGCCACUGCCUCCUCACCCACGUGUGUCUCCAGACUGCCACUGGUAUCCUGUCUGGGUCUCUGGAAACCUCAGAUGCACAUUCAGUAGGGCUGAAAACUUUAAUGAAGUUUCUGUAUUCUACAAUUAAAUUAUUGAUCAAAUUCUAAAUGACGGGAGGUCGGUGGAAAAUGUUGCAUAUGCGAAACAAUGUGGAAUUUAUAAGAUUUAUGGGUCCAACCCUUGUUAAAAUAAAAGUCUACUGUAAAUC